UUCGACGAGAUCCUAGAGACGGCUGACGGGAUUAUGGUAGCCCGUGGUGAUCUUGGAAUUGAAAUACCUGCUGAAAAGGUCUUUUUGGCACAGAAAAUGAUGAUAGGCCGUUGCAACCGCCUCGGUAAGCCGGUGAUUUGUGCCACUCAAAUGCUUGAGUCAAUGACAAAUAAGCCACGUCCUACUCGAGCUGAGUCUAGUGACGUCGCUAAUGCUGUCUUGGAUGGCACUGAUUGCGUGAUGCUUUCUGGUUAG